AUGGCUAAGAAGAAGGCUACUGGGCAGUCUGCCAAGGGCAAGAGAGACAAGCCUGCUUCUGACAAGAAUAAAGCGAAGAGAGGGCAGGGAAGGGUAGUGACACGUCGGAGCAAGGAGCAUCAGGAACAGGAUCAUCGGAUGAUUGAGAAGCUCCGACAGCAAGUAUUUCAACAGCGCAAGGAGAAUACUGCGCUUCAAGUGCGACUAGCCCAAGGUGACAGCAUUCAAAAGCGCUCCCGAGACGAUAACGCCGUCGAUGCCGAUCAGACGGACGAUGAGCGUAGAAAGAAGAGGAAGACCGGUUCUGAAGCAUUUGAAAACACUCACAAAUCUCAGAGAAAGCUUACGCGAUGGGUGGGCAGCUUGAAGGACGACGACUUGGCUGGGCGUAUGGGAUUUCAACUGAAGGACCUGAAUAAGAUUAGCAUGGCGGCGUUGAAAGGUGAAGGCUAUCACCGUCAGAAUGAGCUGAAGGAGCGCGCUCAGCGGUCUGUCAGGAGACAGUACUACUACAUCGACUACCAGCACUUCUGCAAUGUCGUGAAAUGGUGGAUUGCCGAGAUGCGGCCGAUCAUUGAUUCGUCAUUGCGCAAUGAACUCGACAACAAGGGCUAUAUUUGUCCUCAGUGCUACAAAUCAUUCUCGCCUCUGGAGGCGGGAAAGCUAAUCGAUUUUGCCGCUGGCACUUUCAACUGCGACGUGUGCCAUGCGGAGCUUGUAGACAAUGAGAACGCCGAGAGUGUGCGAGGCAGUCAAGACCGUAUGCAGCACUUCAACCGACAGAUGCGCUUCAUUCGUGAAGGGUUGUGCAGGACGGAAGACACGGUGCUAUCUGCCUUCGACGUUGCGCUUUGGAUCAAAAUGCACAUCAUCAGUGCCGAGAAGUCGUAGCUGGCUGCGUGGAAUGGUGGUCUGAAGAUUGCAGGAUCAUCUGGAGAGUUGAAGCAGGAGGGUGCGUUCGGCAUUGUGCUGUCGGUCGACAAAGACGAGGCAACACAGCGAGCGGAAUGAUCUGCCACUGACGCAACUGCAGGCUCUGCUGAGGGAGUGCGAGCAGCCUUGCGUGCACGGCGCUCCAAUUUGCGUCUUUUCUGGCAGGCGUUGAAGUGUCUUGGUGCACCCUUAUGAUUACG